AGCUCACCAGUGAUCUAUACGUCAAUCAUGCGGCAUCUUCCUUUAUUUUUUGGGUUAUAUAUGCUGUUCGCCCAUCUUCCUCAGAAAACGUAUUAUGUCGUCCUCAGGUCCUACUCUUGCUCAGAUUGAAGUCGUAGCUAUUGUCCUCAGCAUCGUGGCUGUCAUCGUCACAUCCUUUCGCUUGUGUAUUCGUGCGCGGCAUAAACGUCUGUGGAUCGACGAUGCGUGGGCGGCCCUCUGCAUGAUAUUCACCUUCAUACUAUCAAUCGUCGAUUGCUUGUAUCUGCAAGACUACGAAAGAUACCCUCAAGGCGCAAGGGUAGCAUUAUACUAUAUGGUUGCCCAAUUCUUUUACGCAAUUGUAUGGUCAUCGAGGCUAUCCAUACUGUUUACCAUCGUGCGACUCACAAUCCCGAAAACCAUCUUUAGGAGGGCUCUCAUGUCCGCUGUCAUUAUCUUCGGCAUUGCAUGGGCUCUACUUUUUUCACAAGUGUGGUGGGUUUGUGAAUCUGAGUCCGGCUGGAAAACACAACCACGUCCGCAAUGCGAUCUUGGCAGAGAUGUUGCGAUAGCGCAGAUAAUCACCGACGUUCUAGGGGACUUUAUUCUUAUCUUAGCUCCUUUUUCCCUCCUUUACAAAAUCAGAUUAUCAACGGGACAAAAAGUCCGGGUACUAGCUGUCUUCUCUGCAUCAGCGAUCACCACAAUCGUUAGUCUCACCCAUGCCUAUUACAUCUUCUCUGGUGGAGGGACAAAGGAGGGUAUGGCUGCUGUGGUUGAGGCUUCUAUGUCUCUGAUCGUCGCGAACUUGAGCGUCGUUGUCGCGUUCAUCUUCCACUUAAAGGCAGAAGAAGAUUCACCAGCCACUCCGAUACCCAUCAUAACUUUUGGAUCACAGCCUAGGAAGCGCGUUCGCGACCCUCUGGCUACGACUUUUACAAGUGCUGAAAGUAUCCCGAUCGUGCUGGAGGAUCUAUCUGAGUCUGGUGCCCGUUCUUUGAAGACAGGCGACGACGACGAAAUUUCUGUAAACAACAGGGAGGGAAAGCAGACGAAUGAGUUGUGUUAGAGCACGGGAGAUGUAGUCUACCAUUGAUGUACUCUACAUGUUCGUCGAUGGUCCAAACUGCUCAUAAUUACAUACGGUACGCCUAACCAUAAUAAUAAUUACUCUCCUGGUGCAAUGUGACGUGGCUUGACUCGUCUAAUUCAGUACGCU